UUUUCAUUAUUUAUAUUUUUUAAUUUUCAAAAACCCGUUAACCCAAUGACAAACGAAAUCAUAGUUAUAGUUGGCGCUUUCUAUUUCACCUGACCAGAAGUAAACUAAAAUGCAGCAAAGAAAUUCCGGUAACCGCCGUCCAUCAGGAACUGACGGCUCCGAUUUCUCAUACCGUAUGGUCGUUGAUAACCGUUAUACAAAAGUUGCCAAGGGCAAAUCCACUCUCUCCAAAAUUCUCAUCAUUCAGACAAUUGUAAUCUUGUUAGGACUACUUGUCACACUGUCUACACUAUUAAAUAACGAGCCUUUCGAUACAUUAACUGUUGCAUUCAGCUUUGUGACUUUUGUUUCAGUCGUAAUCGGAGAGUUAGGUCGGAAACGUAGCAGAGCGAGCCUUUUGAAAUUUUAUAUUGCUGCAUCGUCUAUAGGAGUACUCGGAUCUAUUUUGGCUGUUGUCCAAAGCGGUAUCCAACUCAAGAAUUUUCAUGAUCCGGUUGUAUUGAAGACAGAAAAAGUUGCUGUAUUGAAGAUUGCUUGUAUUUCUAUUGGACUGUUUGUGCAAAUCUUUUCCAUUGCUACAACAACUUCUGUCAUUAGGAAUAUGUCUCCUCCAAAAAGAGCUUCUUGACACAAUAGAAUCAUCAAUAGGGAUAUGGAGACCAUGUCCUUGCCAAACAACAUCUUCCACAUCAGAUAUCUUUCAUUAAAACAGUAGAAAGGACAAUACAACUUGAUUAUGCUGUGACUUUAGAUAUCUUUAUAACACACUUCAUGAUGGAUAUUAGAAUCUACUUCACUAUAUUGUUCCUGUUCAAUAUGUACUAUGUAGAGCUAUAGAAAGCGGAUAAGAUUCGAAGUACAACUUUCUCAGUUUUUAUUUUGGGCUUCAAAUUAAUGGAAUUAAGGAAUCAAAAUGAGACAUUAUAACAGAGAGUGUGAAGGGGAUUCGAGACAUGACAAUGUGUUCAAAUCCAUAUUUUAACGCAAUAGUAGAUUGCAUUUGGAACUAAGGCUAGCUUCAAUUUGCCAUACAUAUUGUUUUCCCAUAUCGCUAAAAGGGAACCAACAUCAUUUGAAUCUAAGCAUUAUAUCUCUAAUUUCGUUAAAUUACCCGGCUAAAGCCAAAGCAUUGCUAGUUAAGUAGACGACAUUUAUAAUCUUCUUCUCACUAGUCACCACACUUUUCAUUUUAUGGUCAUUCUUUAAUCCUUUGGAACACGUGUCUUCAUCCGUUAGCAUUGCAUGUAUCACCAUCCCAGAGUCUUUGGAACCUGGCUAAAUUGAUUGUUUCAGCUCAUACACAAGGUCACUUUACAAUAGAAUGCAGUUUUUCAUGGGUGCAACCUCUAUGGGAGCCAUGCCAUGCACCUGUGACAAUUUUACCACUGAGGAAGAGGUGGAUAUGGUUGUGUCAAGAAUGACGGGUAGAGCUGUUUCGGCUAGUAGCUUAGGGUUUGAUUGGACUGCGCCUGCUUUAGUUGAUUGUGAGUAGAAGCAGAGUGUAGGUUAGUCAAACUACACCAAGUUCUGAUAAAUUCUACACUUAUUUUCUCGAUGGCGACAAUUAAAUUGAUGGAGGAAGUAAUUAGAUUUAAUUUACCGAGAAUGUUAUAGGCUGGAGAAUUGAUUGAAGAUGAGACUUCUAUAUCUUUUACAAGGUUGUGAAGAAAAUUCUUUUUAUUUCAAGGUCUGAAGCUAAUGAGAUGUAAGUUAUGGAAGUUGUGCGAAUGCACUUGAGAUUUAUAGGAAACUGAAUGUAGAUAUGAGCGACGCUUAUAUUCUUUAAAACUGUCUUUGACUAGAAACAAUAAUUAAUGAAGUUUCUUCAAGCUCCAGUCUUUAUCCA